AUGUUACAGGAGGCGGGAAAAUCUUCUGCGACAGAAGCUGUCUUGUUGCGUUUGAUCACACCUGUUUUGAAGCUUUAUGCUGGGAAGCAGGUAAUGUAGAAUCAAUCGUUGUGUCCUAUUGACUUCUAAGUGCGUGCCCCUGAUCUCCGAAGGCAUCGAAUGUUUCGGCGGCCAAGGGUACAUGGAGGACACGGGACUUCCAACAUUGCUCAGAGAUGCUCAGGUUCGUCUUUUGACUGGAAAAUGAGCCGUCGAAGGUUUAGGUGACUCCGAUCUGGGAAGGAACAACAAACGUCCUGUCUCUCGACGUUCUGCGCGUGUUUUCGGGAAAAGAAAACGUCCUUCAGGCUUUCCAGAAGCGAGUUUCUGAACUGACGAGCAACGUCAAAAAUGGUUUUACCUCGUCUCUAUUUUUUAAAAUGCAAACUGUUCAAGGCGAAGAUAAGCUUUCCAAAGCAAAAGAAGCUGUGGAAAAGGCGCUGAAAGCGCUCCAAAUGCACUUGGUCAAGGUUUGCUUUUUUUGGGGAUUGGGAACAUGAGAAUGUCAGGGAGGCGAUUCUGCUCUGAGCAACUCAAUUCGAAUCGACGCCGUGGCUCGUCAUAUUUCUUUUGCCAUUUCUAGGAUUUAUUGCGGUUAGUCUUUUUUUUGGUGUCUGAACUAGGUUCAAAGAAUAGAAAUAAAGAAAACGUGAGAAUUUUUAGGAGCUCUCCUGAUCGACCACGCCUCAGACAAGAGCACAGCUCAGACGGCAGACGUGGACGUCGCCUACAGGUUUGGGAGGUGGAUGAUGGUCCUUCCAAGAGGAAUUCUUGAGGUGGUGCUGCGAACAGCCGCUGAUCGACCUCCAGUCGGAAUGGUUCUCGACGGAACGAGUCGAGAGCGACCGCGGAAUCGUCUUCGACUCCUACGCCGCCGAACCGCAGCAGCGUGGCAGCAAACUCUAG